CAGGCGCGAAGCGCGCGGGCGGCAUGGGGACUGCGACUGCAGCGGCUGCGGCGGCCGGGGAGGGGGCGCGCAGCCCGAGCCCCGCGGCCGUGUCCCUCGGCCUCGGCGUGGCUGUGGUGUCGAGCCUGGUGAAUGGGUCCACCUUCGUGCUGCAGAAGAAGGGCAUUGUGCGCGCUAAGCGGCGAGGUACCUCCUAUUUAACAGACAUUGUAUGGUGGGCUGGCACCAUUGCAAUGGCUGUCGGCCAGAUUGGAAACUUCCUGGCUUACACGGCGGUCCCCACAGUCCUCGUAACUCCUCUGGGUGCCCUUGGAGUGCCAUUUGGGUCCAUUUUAGCCUCUUACCUUCUGAAGGAAAAGCUCAACAUCUUGGGCAAAUUGGGGUGCCUGCUAAGCUGUGCAGGUUCCGUCGUGCUGAUUAUCCACUCCCCAAAGUCUGAGAGCGUGACGACGCAGGCUGAGCUGGAAGAGAAGCUCACCAAUCCAGUGUUUGUGGGCUACCUGUGCAUCGUGCUGCUCAUGCUACUGCUGCUCAUCUUCUGGAUUGCUCCGGCCCACGGGCCCACCAACAUCAUGGUCUACAUCAGCAUCUGCUCCUUGCUGGGGAGUUUCACCGUGCCUUCCACAAAGGGCAUAGGGCUGGCGGCCCAAGACAUCUUGCACAACAACCCAUCCAGCCAGAGAGCCCUGUGCCUGUGCCUGGUGCUCCUGGCCGUGCUGGGCUGCAGCAUCAUUGUCCAGUUCAGGUACAUCAACAAGGCACUAGAGUGCUUCGACUCCUCUGUGUUUGGGGCCAUCUACUACGUAGUAUUCACCACUCUGGUCCUGCUGGCGUCAGCCAUCCUCUUCCGGGAGUGGAGCAAUGUGGGCCUGGUGGAUUUCCUGGGUAUGGCCUGUGGAUUCACGACUGUCUCUGUGGGGAUCGUUCUUAUACAGGUGUUCAAAGAGUUCAAUUUCAACCUCGGGGAGAUGAACAAAUCCAACAUGAAAACAGACUAGGAUGCGGCCAGGGGUUGGGGGCUGGAGGAGCAGGACUUGGAGGUGGUUCCUGGUCUAGACUGGAUGUGAAGUGGCAGAGACCCUCAAUCCCUGGUGUGAGAGUCACCCGUGCACUCACAGGUGGCCUAGCGGACACGAGGAGCCUAGCUCCACACCGGCCAGGCCCAGCCCUGAGGAGCCCAGACCUCUCAGUGGUUGCCUGGGCGUCGUCUCUCUCUGAUGAGAUGAAUGUCAUUUUCAUUUCCAUUAACCUGGAAGCUUUUGUGACUACUCUUUCCUUUUAAAAUAUUUUAACAUGACCUAAUCAGAAAAGAAAGGUGAGGGCCGGGGAUUUAGCUCAGUGGUUUCGCCGCCUGCUGCGCAAGUGCAAGGACCCGAGUUCUAUCCCCGGUACAAAAAAAAAAGAAGUUCUAGAAAAGAAAGGUGGGCUCUUUCUGGUUAGUCUUUGCAGGAGAGCAAAUGUCCUUAGAAGAUUACUUUGGAAGCAGGAGAAAUUGUCUUGAAAUCUGGCUCUGUACAGUAAAUGUGACUAUAGUUGUGUUAGUUUGCAUUAAGCAUGUAUAAUAUUCAGGAACCUCAUUCAAAUAGGAGGUAUAUAUUGAAUUGUUUUUAAUUCUCUAACAAAUCAGCUCUCGCCUGCACUCAUCCCGAGACAUCUUACUAGCAAGUAGAGAAGAGUUAGUGAAUGUGAUGCAGUAUUCCAUUGGCAGGGUGACUUUUCAGUAGCUCAAAUCAAUUUCAGUGCCUUUAUCACUUGAAUUAUUCACUUAAUUUGACUAUUACUAUGUGUAUGUUCUCUUAGAUUAGAAUAAUGCCACUUCCUUGGUUAUAUAUUUAUAUUUCAAUGUUCAGAUUACAAAUAUGUAAAGCAGUUAGAAAUAAUAUAGUCAGUGGAAGAUAGUCAAAACUAAAGACACAUUAGGGCAAAUGGACCCAUUCAGCAUGUAGUUAUUUUCUAAUUAAAGACAACUAAUUAAGUAGCAUGAGGCAUUUUAUUUUCAUUCAACUUGUGUAACUAGGGUCCAGUAUCAAAUAUAUUUACAUUGUUUUUCACCAAGCAUUUGUGACCAUUUGGAAGAAAUAAACUCCUUAAUAAAAAGUUACUACAUGAAGGAAUAAUUGUUUAAUAGCACAUAUACUGACUGUCCUUCAAUACAGGAGCAAAUUAAAGCGCAUAGGUAAGCUUAAGACAGAUUCUACAAAUUACAACACACGUAGUUUUAAAGGAAUGUAUAUCAAAGAUGGAAAUAGCUCAUUUAGCCCUCUCAUUGUUUGGGGUCUCAUCCAAAAGUUUUUUACCCAACCUUUCAGACUUCUUAAGCAUACACAAACACCAGGGUUUCAUCCUCAGAACCAAAAACAAGAUGAAACAAAAUGAAAGACUACCUAAAUAGCCAAUAAUUGUGGCAGGUUUUGCAUCAAAAAGAUCAUUUUUCUGUCUGUAGUAACCUUCCAAGUGUAUUAAAUUGGAGCAAAGCAUGGAGUGAUGCAAAUCAACAGUGAUGUUGUGUACUUCUCCAGCAGCGUCCCACCUGAAUGGGGACAUGUGCCACACCCAAGAUUCGGUCAAGUAGAGCAGAGCAGGGACCAUGAAAGUUAGUGAUACCCAGUUAAAGUUACUCACUAAGGCAAAACUGUGCUUCUCCAGGCAGAAACAACAUUUCUAAAAUAAAGACCCAAGGAAUAGUUCCCUAAAGUAUUGAACAAAGAGGCUAAAUAAAAUAAGACUCGUUUAACAUAAGGCUAAACAAUACUGUAUGAAUUAAAAGUACAUGUGAUAA